CCGAUCAGAAUACUACCGGCCAUCGCGGCGUGCAAAUCGUUGAGGAAAAUCUCCCCGCAGAAAAGUGAAGUGAAUCGCGAAGGAAUAAUCUGUGAUCCUGUGAAAUGCCGCCCAACGUAGUCGCUUACAUUUACGGCUUGGUGCGAGAUCUUUACGAUCAGCACAAGGAUCCGCGUGUAUCGCACUAUCCGCUCAUUGGCAAUUUGUGGAGUGUGAUGGCCAUCAUUGGCGUCUAUUUGGCCUUUGUGCUGCAUUUUGGCCCCAAAUGGAUGGAGCAUCGACGUCCCUUUGAGCUGAAAUUCGUGAUGCAGCUAUACAAUGUGAUACAAGUGGUGGCCAACACGGUUGUCUUCAUCUACGGCAUGUGCUACACGAUAUUCAAUCCUGGCUACAGUUUCCUCUGCCAGCCUGUCGAACACGAGAACACAACGCCUCAGAUGAUGCGCUUGAUCUAUGCCUCUUAUGGCUACUAUAUGCUCAAGUAUCUCGAUCUACUCGACACGGUGUUUAUUGUGCUGCGCAAGAAGAACUCGCAGGUGAGCUUCUUGCAUGUCUAUCAUCACGCUGGCAUGAUAUUUGGCGUGUCCAUCUUUAUGACCUUCCUGGCGGGUUCACAUUGCUCCAUGCUGGGAUUGGUGAAUCUUCUGGUGCAUGCUGUGAUGUAUGCCUAUUACUUUGCCUCCUCACAUGGCGCCGUUAAGCAUUUACUCUGGUGGAAACGACACAUUACAAAGCUGCAACUGCUUCAAUUUGGCUACCUUACACUUCACUUUCUGCUGGUUCUCUUACGCAAUCCGUGUAAUUUCCCCGUCUUUAUUGCGUUCAUAGGUUUUAGCCAAAAUAUCUUCAUGUUUGCCAUGUUCUUUGACUUCUACUACAAGACUUAUAUGCGAAAGGCGCGCAAAAGCGAAGCAAAUACAAAGUCUGCACUCAGUUGAGUUGCCCGCCGAGAGCUGAGUGGAAAAUUAAGUUCUAAGUUCACAUUACAAUACAUAUACAUAUAAGCAAUUAUGCAAAUAGUGAGAUCGAUUCCCUUUGAUUUGUUUACCUAAUAUGAAUAAACAUUUUAGACUGACUCCAUA